AUGGGGAUUGUGCAGCAACCUUCACUAGUGGAUUACUGGGGCCAGUCCACCCUGACAAAUACCCCAGGUAUUGCUGCAGUUAUGACUAGAACAUGGUUUCUUCAAAUCUUGCGUUAUCUGCAUUUUGUUGACAACGAAAGUGAGGUUGCUAAAUUGCCAAAGGACAGUCCUGAUUAUGACAAACUCUAUAAAAUCAGAGACUUGUUGAAUAUCAUUAGAAGAAACAUUCAAGGAGCACUGAACCUUGAAAGGAAUAUUGCUAUUGAUGAAACACUUGUAAAAUUCAAGGGAAGAGUUGGGUUUCGUCAGUUCUUGCCAAACAAACCCGGUCGAUUUGGAGUAAAAAACUUUACUCUUUCUGAGUCAUCAAGUGGGUAUGUCUGGGAUCUACUCGUGUACACUGGCAAGACUGGUCAUGAUCCUGAGAAAGGGGUGGCUCACCAUGUUGCAAUGAAGCUAUUAGAAGGACUUGAAGGAAAGGGCUACAAUCUUUUUGUGGACAAUUGGUAUUCAAGUCCUGCACUGUUCCUUGAUUUGGCAAAGGAGAAGACUCUGGCUUGUGGCACUGUGCGAGCUGGCAGGAAAGGCUUACCUGGUGAUAUUAUGAACAUCAAAGACAAAGAGAUCAAGUCCAUGAAAAGGGGACAGUGUGUAUUUAGGAAGAAAGGCAGACUCACUGCUUGCACAUGGAAGGACAACAAGUUUGUUCACUUGUUGACAACAAUGCCGGCCACUAGUGAGUGUUCGACAGUAACACGAGCGGUCAAAAAGAAGAAGAAGAAGCAGUCCAGAGGCCAGUUACUGUGGAGUUAUACAACAAGUUCACAGGAGGAGCGGAUCUAG